AUGAAAAAUGCGAUUAAAAACCUGGCCAUUUAUUUACCUUGCGUCCUGAGCCUCCUUCUAUACGUACAUUAUGCCUACAAGAUUGACAACAUAACCAUUAAAAGAGGGCAAUUUAGUGACACCUUGGAAAGGACAGUACACAAAAUUAAUAAACGCGUCCAGAAGGACAGUGUCACACACUAUGACGUAUGCCAGUAUAAAAAAAUCCCUAAAAUUUUAACCGAAAGAAAUAAGUUCAAAGAUUCACAAAAAGUGAAAUACAUCGUAGGAAUUGAAAAUACAUGUGAUGAUACUUGCAUCUGCAUCCUUGACUCGAACUUGAAAAUUGUUAAAAAUGUUAUUAUAUCUCAUUUUAAGGUGGUUCACGAAUAUGAGGGCGUGUAUCCCUUUUUUAUCAGCUCCAUCAACCAGUUUUUUUUGAAACCCUACAUGGAGAAGACUCUCGAGGGAAUUGAUGAGAGGCUAAUCUGCUGUUUCGCCUUCAGUGCUUGCCCGGGAAUAGCUAAAAGUAUGGAAGCAGCAAAAAACUACAUAGGAGAGAAGAAGAAGCAAAACGGAAGCAUACAAGUAAGUCCGAUCAAUCAUGUUUUUGCUCAUGUCCUUUCCCCUCUCUUUUUCCACGUCUACGACGAUAAAAAUACAUACACGAAUAGUGGCCAGUACAAGGAAGGAAAAAGAGACCAAGUGGAAAAGGAACUUUGUAUCGACAUGCACAUCUCGGAGGAGGUCAGAAAGGAUAAGACACAAAUGGAAAAGGUGAAAGACAUUCUGCAUAUUCUUAAUAGCAAUGAUGUGACGAAGCAGAAGAUGGAAUUUUUGAGCGAAGAUAAAUUUCUAAACUGCGGCAAUUAUGUUCUCAGGGGAGAGAUGAACAAAGAGGCACCCCAAAGUGUGGAAAGUCAGGCACAACAAAACGUAGCCUACACGCGAAAGACCACCUCCUCUUCGCACAAAACGCAGUAUAGUGAGGACGCACCACAGAGAAGCUACUUGACAGAUGGAUAUAUAUGCGCAUUACUUUCCGGAGGAAGUACACAAAUUUACAAAGUUCAAAAGAACAAAAAAAACGACAUUAAUUUAUGCAAGCUAUCCCAAACGGUCGAUAUUUCCAUUGGAGACAUAAUUGACAAAGUUGCCAGGCUACUGGGGCUGCCGGUUGGAUUAGGGGGAGGUCCCUUCCUUGAAAGGAAGGCAGAAGAGUUCAUUAAAAGAAUGAAGGAGGAGCAUCUAAGUGGGGAGGCUUGCGCGGAUCCAUUUCAGCCCUUUCCCGUUCCCUUCUCGGCAAAUAACCGAAUUGAUUUUUCCUUCUCAGGCAUAUACAACCAUGUGCGCAAAAUCAUCGAGGAAUUAAAAAAAGGAGAAUCCUUCGAGCGCGAAAAAGACAGGUAUGCCUACUUCCUACAGAAGAAUAUUUUCAAUCACCUCUUGACGCAGAUUAACAAAAUUAUGUACUUUUCAGAGUUGCAUUUCAAUGUAAAAGAAUUAUUCAUAGUGGGGGGAGUUGGAUGCAACAAUUUCCUGAUCACUGAGUUGAAAAACAUGGCUAUGAAGAGAAGUCAAUUGCCAUUUCAGUUAAAUGAGUUUAAAAAAUUAAAAAAAAGGUUAAGUAAGAAGAUAAAAAAAAUAAGUGAAAAAAAUAUUUUACGUUCGAAAGUGUCCAAGGAAGUUCUCAAAGGGGAAAUUGAGUUCAGUGCAUCCCUCAAUUGGGAUGUUUACUUAAAGUUUCUUCUAAAGAGGAAAACGGAACAGGAUAUUUUGUCAGCUUUAGAAUGUUUUAAUUUUGAGGACUUUUCCAAACUGAAAGAGGAAGGUCAUUUUCUGCUGGAGGGUCAUUCCCCUUUCUCCAAAAGUGAAAUGCCCUGGAGUGUGCACAAGACACCGCUCAACCUCAGCAGAGACAAUGCGGCCAUGAUUUGUUUUAGUGCCUUUUUGAAUUUGCACAACAAAAGCCAUAUCUAUGAAGAUGUAUCUCAGAUUGAAAUUAAACCAACGGUGAAGACACAGGUUGAAAAUAAUUUCCUCCUCUUUUCCGACAUUAUAAUUUUUGAUGUGUUUCUGCAUCAGUUUGGCGCACAAGGGGGGUGA